AUGGGAAGAAGUCGGGCAUUGAAGAAGCUCGCUGCCGCGGAGCAGCAGCGCGAAGGAGGCGGGUUCUUGGUGCGGCGACCUAUCGGCGGACGUGGAGGCCGCUGCGAUCCUUUCUUGAUGCUGGACCACUUGGGUCCCGUGGAGUACGGCCCAGGGGAGGCAGUGGGGGCUCCGGAUCAUCCUCACCGCGGCUUCGAGACGGUCAUGUACAUCAUAUCGGGCUCAGUCCAGCACAAGGACAGCGCUGGGAACAGCGGGGAGCUGCGGGAGGGCUGGGUGCAGUGGAUGACGGCCGGCUCGGGCGUCGUCCACUCGGAGAUGCCCGGAGACGAUAUGAUGAAAAACGGCGGGAGGUCGGAGGGUUUCCAGCUAUGGGUCAACCUCCCUGCCAAAGACAAGAUGGUGCCGCCUCGCUACCAGGACACUCCUGCCGACAAGAUCCCCAUUGUGACUGCACAGGAGGGAAACGUAUGGGUGAAGGUCAUAGCAGGAGAAUCGCUGGGAACACAAGCAGUCAUUGAGACUCGGUCCCCUAUGAUGUACCUCGACGUUCGCCUCAAACCGGGCACCGUCUUCGAGCAGACGGUCCCUCGAGACUUCGAUGGGGUCGCCUACAUCUGGUUCGGAUCAGGCUAUCUCGGAGAUGCAAGAGAGCCAGCGAGAUUCGGCCAGGUUGGAAUCCUGGGGGAGGGCGAGGUGUUCCGAAUGGAGGCCUCCGCUGAGGAAGAGCUCCGAGUGCUCCUGAUUGCAGGGAAACCCCUCAAAGAGCCAAUUGCUGCACAUGGUCCCUUUGUGAUGAACACUGUGGAAGAGAUUCAGCAGGCGUUUGCUGACUACCAGUCGGGCAAGCUGGGGGAAAUCCAGGGUGCCGAUGAACGAUACAGAGCCACAGAGGCUGCACGAGCCAAAAUGACAAAAGCCGGAAAAUAA